CAUGGGAUCCCAGCAAGGAACAAAAUAUAAUGUCCUUUUCCUCGAUGAUUCCUGACUUGGACGCCUGCGGUUCAUUAUCCAUUUUUUUUAAAUUUUCUCUAAUAUUACACUCACGAACACUAACACUCUUGUACUCAAUUUGUCCGUUAAAAACGCGGGGAAAUUGCACAGGUCCCUUAAAUGCACCUCCUCUGACGGUUCUGAUACACGUAUGGUAGCAGACGACAUGUAGCUGUGACGUCAGCUUACGCAUGCGCAGAAAGGAAUUCCUCGAAGGAAAAGUCCCACGACUGUUCAUCACCGCUGCCAGUAGCGAUUCGACCUGCGCAGCGUUUGGGGUUUGAGUGUGGGCGGUGGUCCAUCCGUGAUAAGGAGAGCGCAUGCGUUUCGCUCCAGCGACAGUGUCGCGCGCUUGCACGCGUUUCCGUACGCUUUUUCGCGAUCUGGUCGAAUUCUAAGAGAGCCUCGGUUGCCGAGUGAAACGGCAAGUCCGGUCGCAGUGCGUUUUUUUUUGUCGCGAACACGCCGUUAUCGAGCGAUAUCCGGAGUGUACGCGUGUGUCGUGGUCGUGGAUGUCGAGGAGCAGGCGUCGUCCGCAUUGAAUGCCGAAAUCGAACGGAACAUGUCAUCCCGCGGAACGACGGAUCGCGGAAUCUUAGCGUGUAAACCAUUCUCCGCUGGUGGAGAAACGAGAAGCAAAGAAGGAAGGGAACGAGACGAGAAUCGACGUUACCUUUUAGGGUGCGCUAAAUAAUCGAUUUGUGGGAAGAAGGAAGAGUAGUAGUAAUAAGUAUCUUUCCGUGAAGAAAAAAUCUCGUCGCGCGAUCAAAUGAAGCUAGAACUAGAGAUGAUAGCUUCGAACGUGGUCGAGGCGCGAGUCGGGAGUUCCUCGCCACCGAGAGAGUACGAAACGAGCGGCAAGAGUUUCCUCCUGGAGCCGAUGGCCGGCGACUCGCAUACCGAAACAGCCUGCCGUUUCUUCGAGACGGGGGUCGUUGCUCGAUGCACCGAGGAACCCAACGAGACCACCAAAACCACUCCCGAGACCGACUGCACGAAAAAGACGAUCGAAUCAGCUGGUAGCGGCAGGCGCGUCAACAAUUGCCCGAGGCACAGCUUCUCCAAGAGUUCCGCCUCUCUGCAGAGUCUGAUCUGCAGGCGAAGUCGAAAACCCGGUGCGUCCUCGUUGCCCUUGGAAGUGGAUCUCUCCUCGUACUCGUCGCAUCGCGGCUGUCUCGUCGACGUGCCCAAGGAGAACGGUGCGGUCGCUUUCCGCGACGACGAAGAGACCUGCACCACCACACGCACCUCCACGCUCGUCUACCCGUCUUGCGGGAACGCGCAAACUUCCCCCAGAGGAUGCGCCAACGUUCAAGAUCCAUCCUCCGUGACGAACCUCGCGAACGUUGCCACCGCCACCACCACCAGCACCGCGAGUAACGUUACUUCUUCGCCGAUCGGAAGUCACUCCGGUAACACCGCGUCCUCCCUGAUAAGGACGACCAGCGUGAUCACCGCACGACCAUCCACGUCCUCUUGCAACCAUUCCACGGACCAAGAGUCGGAUUACGUCGUCGAUCCGGUUCAGGGAAACGCUUAUCACAAAGGCCAAUUCCUCGGCAAGGGUGGGUUCGCGAGGGUUUACCUGAUGACCGAUGUUAGCAAUGGAAACCAAUACGCUUGCAAAAUGAUUCCGAAAAAUCGAAUGCAAAAAAUCCAUAUGCAGAAGAUCGCACGUGAGAUAAUGAUCCAGAAAGAGCUGAAUCACGUGAACGUUGUCAAGAUGCAUCACUAUUUCGAGGAUAACCUUAACGUAUACAUGCUUCUGGAAGCCUGUCCUCGAAAGAGUUUGAUGCACGUGCUGAGGUACCGUGGCAAAGUCACGGAGCCGGAAGCCCGCUAUUACAUGAAUCAAAUGGUAACAGGAGUCGCGUAUAUUCACUCCCAGAAAGUCGUUCAUCGAGAUUUGAAGCCAGGGAACAUGCUCCUGUCAGAUCGCAUGAUCGUCAAGAUCGGCGACUUUGGACUGGCGACAAGGCUUGGCGAUCAGCGGAGACGAGUGACAAUAUGCGGAACACCGAAUUACAUCGCACCGGAAGUGUUGUAUAAGCAAGCGUACAGUUACGAAGCGGAUGUUUGGGCGCUGGGAUGCAUACUUUAUGCCUUGCUGGUAGGGCAUCCGCCUUUCGAUACCGCGACAUUGGCGGAAACUUAUACUAGGAUAUGUAACAAUCAUUAUCGAGAAGUCGACGACACGAUGGCAAGUCCGAGUGGACAGGAUCUCGUGAGAUGGCUCUUGCAACCGAAUCCUGAGCUCAGGCCGUCUUUGGAAAGGGUGAAGGAACACGCUUAUCUCACCAAGGAAUACGUACCAGUUUCUUUACCUCAUACCUGUUGCUACGAAAUGCCACACGCUUCGAUAAUUGAUCCCAUGUCGUUGCCUUCAAUCACCUCCACCGCAUCUAGAAAUCAGAAAUUCAAUAAAAAUCAGGCUUGGCCAAACAUACUAGCGCAAGAAAUAUCGCAUCGGUACCAGCAACAAACCAUCCACAUACAACAAUCUCAGCAGCCGCAGCAGCAGCAUACCAACCGAUCUCAGAAAAGUUUGCGAAAAGCUAUGAAAGUGAUCAGCUGGCUAGCUAAAAGGUUUCCAAAAGUUCCGAAAUUCAGACAACGAUUGAGUAGCGUUCUCUGUCCUGAUCACAAAAAGAUGGGAUACGUUGCGCAGAGCGUGUUGAUGCACCGAGCACUGGAAACGUGCAUCAACGAGAUGAAACAUAAAAACAUGUUGCAAAAUCCGCCAACCGCGGAGGACGUUGUGCCUCUUUUUAUCACCAAGUGGAUCGAUUACUCUAACAAAUACGGCCUAAGUUUUCAACUGUCUGAUAAAUCUGUUGGCGUUCUCUUCAACGACAAUACGAAAAUUAGUUACACACACGAUAGGAGAAGAGUGGAGUAUAUGACCACCGAGGACGAAGUAACGAGGUACCAUAAAGAAGAAGAUGUUCCAGCUACUCUGCAGAAAAAGCUCGAGUUGCUUCAACAUUUCACGCAAUAUAUGGAUAACUACAUGACCGAAGGUGGUGAAAUUAAGGAACACCGAAUGGUUUCGAAGCAACCGAAAAAUGUUUGCAUACCACGAAUGAGAAGAUGGCUGAGAACGGACAAAACCAUCGUAAUGGAACUGACGGUACCUCUCUUACAAGUGAACUUCUUCGACGAUCACACGAAACUAGUUGUUUCCCAGGAAUCACCUAGCAGAGGAUACUUGAUAACGUACAUCGACACUAGUAGGCAUACCUCUUCUUACUGGUUAAACGAUUUACGAGAUUUUGGUUGUACGACUGACCUCUACCAACGUUUGUAUUACGUAUGCAAGGUAUGUAGAGAAUUUGCAGAAAUGCACAAUAACACGAUUGCUUGACCAUCGAUGACACACCACAAGGUACGCUGCUUGGCGAAAGGUUGAGGUUUGUUCGAUGUAAAAAUGUGUCUUUUGUUAGCUGCAUUCGUACAACAUAACCUAUUUCUUUACUUGAUCAAAAAGUAUCUAUACAAUUUGUUGAACUUGAUAAUAUAAAAAAAAGCUAUUUUCUUUCAAUCUAAAUUUUUAAAUGAUUACCACUUUGAUGUAUAAACUUUGUUAUAUCGUAACGUAUAAAAGUACAGGAUUUAUCAUAUUUAUAUUAACGUAAUUGUUAAAAAUUUACCACAUUAUCUUAUUAUGUGCAUUUUGACGUUUUAGAGAUGCAUAGGUGAAACUUUGAAUUAUACAGGUAUAUUAACUUAAUUUUUACGAUAAUACGUAUAUAAAUAUUAUUAUCGAAUUAUUACAAAAACAUUCAUUGCCUGGAAAUAUUAGAUCUCCCGUAUUCGAGGUUUUGCAUUAGGCAAAAAAGAUAUUUAUAUGUAUAAUAAUUAUUUUGCAACAAUUCCGUUUCUACCUUAAAGAGAUCGUAAGUUAUUAAAAGCAUUUAGCAAAUACUACGGAAAUGUAUAUAUUAUAUAAUAUGCACUUAAUAACGUAUUUUACUAUGUAGUAUUAAUAAAAAGAUGUCUAAAGAUAAUAAGUACCGUAGGAUACCGCACGUAAAAUAAAGCACCGAGAUUCGAACCCACGUCUUAUUUUUCGUGCACUCCUACAGUACUAAUUUUGCAUCGCAGUAAAUAUUUUUAUAUAAUAAAAUGAAAGAAAUAAAAUAGUAUCGAAUUGUAUCGUACAUGUGUCAUAUAUGUAUAUUGAAUCGAAAACGUUGUCACUUAUCAGUAAUUACGCUUUGCUCAUUCAAUAUAUAGAUAUGACCAAAUUUGGAAUGUUCUGGGUGCAGCCGAAUAAAAGACAUCGUCGAAUAAACUGAUGGAAAUGUCAAGUACGCCAUAUUCAGAUCUUCUGAUCAAUUAUUUCUUUUACAAAGUAUAACGAACUUGUGAUACAUUACGUUUUAUAUGUUAUUAAAGAAAAUCGAUAAGUAGGUAAUCAUCGCCGAUAGUAAUUUUACGAUUAAGAGCCACUGUUUUACAUCGUUUCUGUUUCUGAAAUGUUUUAUAAACAGUCUAGUGAAAAAAGGCAAGAGAAAAGGCAGUAUGCUUUUGAAAUAUUUUUAUUGUUAUUAUAAAGGAUAUUUAAUUUCACAUAGAUGACACGUUAUCGUGAUAAUAUGCUUACCUUUGUAAAAAGUUAGAUCAGGGCUGUCCAACUUUACGCCCAGGAACAAUAUUGUUAUUAUAUAAUAAGGUAUUACAUUAGGCAUGAUUAAGACUAAGCAAAACAAAACAUACAAAAGCGGAAGCAAUGACAAAUUACGUUAAUAUUCAAUUACAGUAGUAAAGUAAAGUACUUAGUAAGACGAAAAAGUACUCGAAUAACAUAAAAAAAAAGGUGAACGUAUGCUUCGAAAAGAAACUUUCACCAAGGAAAACAAACUUACAAGACUUACUAGAGAAAACAUUUAAAAACAAAAUGCCAAGCAUCCGUAAUCUAAGUGCCUGUAUGGAACAAGAAUCUUCCUGUAUCGUAAAUCUAGAUUUUCGAUGUUUUACGAAAGUCUUAUUUCUUGAGAGCUAAUCGUUGAAAAGAGAAAAAUACUUAUGAAAUAGCAAAGAAAACUGAGGGUACCAAUUGGACGGCCUUGUCGUAAAUUAUACCAAAUUACAUCUAUCGUUUGAUAUAUGUACGUACGUACACGACAGUGGAAACGUAACGUUAAGUGGACCAAUUGAAUUGGCUUACAAGCGACAUAACGCACACUAAUUGUUUUCCCCGUAAUGAUCGUGGCGCGUAAUCGUUUAAAUUAAUCCAUUCACUCUUCCAUGACAGACAAUUUUUAUUUUCUCGAGUGUACACUCGAUUUAGGCAUCUCGUAUACCUAAGAAUUCUUCCAUGUAGUAUUUAAAAAUAUCGUAAUUUAUACUUUCUACGCUGAUCUGUACUUCGAUGAAGGCUACGGCCGAAUAAGGGUGUCGAAAGUAUUCCCGAACCGAAACAAAGAAUUUGAGGAAAGCUUCAAAUCUGUAUUCGAAAAUGACCCGAUUGAACGACUCGUCGCCACAGUGGUUCAAGUCGCCAAAACCCUGGCCAAAACGUUUCACUGUUCCAAUAGAUCUCUACUGAUCUCUAUUUUUGAGAAAAAUGAGUCGAUAGAUUGCACUCUCGUAUGGAAGAAACACGAAAUACGGUAUAUCUCACUAGCUGGCAAUACGUAAUAGUGUACGCGAUGUAUAUAUGUAGAUAGAUAUCUCGUUCAUGCCGUUUUCAUGUUUUUUGAUACGGUUCGAUACAUAAUUGUUCGAAGGUGACGCUAGUUUUACGCCUCUGCGGUGAAAUACUAGGAAUUAGGAAAGCGCGGAUUAGGUAUUAAGUCUCGCCAAGUUUAUUUAUUUUUGUAUCAUUUCGGAGCCACAUGUCACGUUCUCAUCUAAACGUGGUCAAUACACUCAUUUUUACUAAAUGAAUUAUAUUUCAUUUAACUUGGAAAUCGUUAUAAUACAGACUUAUAUUUAAAACUGCUUUUGAACGUUUUCGUUUCUGCAUUUUCUAUUUAAUGACCGUAUAUCAUGCCGAAGUUUUCGUCCGAUCCAGUGAUGACUCCGAAUCACAGUGUACUUAUAGUAAACGACGAGUGAUCCCGAUGAGUUGGAGUCAUAGUCGUGAGUUGCAUUCAUAAUCCAUAAUAACAAAGAAGGACUUUGAACUUCGCUUCGAAAUUUUGAAGGUACAUAAUUUUAUAAUAAUACAAUUAAAAUUUUUGUUUUAAAUUUUUACA